CUGAGGUAAAGAAUAAAAGGAAAAAUAUUGUGAGAAUACAAUAUGCUAGUCAAUAUGUUUAUGUGCUUCCUUUCAAGUGCCUAUGCUGCCACUUCAGUAAGCCAGCCUGCGGCACCUGUGCAACCACAAGCCACCCAGAGCUCGACCGCGUUCACCGCGUCGGCAAAUGCCAAGCAGGACCAGGCCGCCAACCUUCAGCAGAAUACAAUGCUGAAGACCGCGCUGAACCAAAUCACGGCGACACAAAUGGGCGAGGGCGAUGCUAAGAAAUUUAUUCCAGGAUACAAUGGAAAGAACUUGUACUGUGAUAACCGUGGUGUUGACGGCAAUUGGAACCUCAUCAACAAGCAACUUCAGGAGGAGUGUGUCAAACAAAAGAAGGAGAAGAAGGAGAGGGCUGAACAGCUCGCCAAGGAACUUACGCAGCCAACGCAGGAUGACUGCAAAAUCAGGAUAAGCAAGGAAAGUAUGGUAUGCCAUGCAAGAAAGGUGAUGAACAACGUCAUAAAGGAUGCGUACUACACGAUCAAGCUGUUCGGUAACGUUGUGGAAAUUAUUGUCAAGAACCAGCCUGUGUUCAUGGGUGUCACGGAGCGAUUCAAAUACAAUGCCAAACGGCUGAAGAAGCAAGCAUCCAAUGCAUUCAAGAACUCACCAACAGCCACGUUCAAGUUCAACCGUCUCGGUGGCCUGCUCAGUCAAACAGGUGAAGUUCCGCAACCCAAGAAGAAUAAUCCGUGUGCAGCGUGCUUAGAAAUGCUGAAGGAGAAGACCAACUCGGUUGAGGGACAGGCUAACAACUGCGGUGGCUGCGAUUCGAUGCUCGACAUAACGACCAUACACAAUGGGCAGUUCAGAAUACAAAACAAGGAUGAAAACACCACCGAUUCUAAGAAAAAGGACACCAAAUCUGAGUAAAUAAGUAGGCAUGGACAAUAAAUGUUUAUUAAUUUAAGGCAGCUU